CCGGGCUCCCUGCCGCUGUCCGGACCUCCUCCCGCAAGUCGGGGUCCCGCCACCCGCCCCCGCUGCGGCCCUCUCGCGCGUCUCCCGCCCCUCAAAGCCACAGAUCAUCUUCGGAUUCUUCCCCAGAAGCUUCAAGUAGGGAUAUGUCCUCAGCACCAACUACUCCUCCAUCAGUGGAUAAAGUAGACGGAUUUUCUCGGAAGUCCGUCAGAAAAGCCAGACAGAAGAGGUCGCAAAGUUCCUCACAGUUUAGGUCUCAAGGCAAGCCUAUUGAGUUAACACCUCUGCCACUGCUGAAAGACGUUCCAUCCUCAGAGCAGCCUGAACUGUUCCUAAAGAAACUUCAGCAGUGCUGUGUCAUUUUUGACUUCAUGGACACGCUAUCUGAUCUUAAAAUGAAAGAAUACAAGCGCUCCACUCUUAAUGAACUGGUGGACUACAUUACAAUAAGCAGAGGCUGUUUGACAGAGCAGACUUACCCUGAAGUAGUUAGAAUGGUAUCUUGCAAUAUAUUCAGAACUCUCCCUCCUAGUGACAGCAAUGAAUUUGAUCCAGAAGAAGAUGAACCCACGCUUGAGGCAUCGUGGCCACACUUACAGCUUGUAUAUGAAUUUUUCAUACGAUUUUUGGAAAGCCAAGAAUUCCAACCCAGCAUUGCCAAAAAAUACAUAGAUCAGAAAUUUGUAUUACAGCUUUUGGAGCUAUUUGACAGCGAAGACCCCCGGGAACGGGACUACUUAAAAACAGUCUUACACAGAAUUUAUGGCAAGUUUCUUGGUCUUAGAGCAUUUAUCCGAAAACAGAUUAACAAUAUUUUUCUAAGGUUUGUUUAUGAAACAGAACACUUCAAUGGUGUAGCUGAACUGCUGGAAAUAUUAGGAAGUAUUAUCAAUGGCUUUGCUUUACCUCUUAAGGCAGAACACAAACAGUUCCUGGUGAAAGUGUUGAUCCCUUUACACACCGUCAGGAGCUUAUCACUCUUCCAUGCCCAGCUGGCAUAUUGCAUAGUACAAUUUCUGGAGAAAGAUCCUUCACUCACAGAACCAGUUAUUAGGGGGUUAAUGAAAUUUUGGCCCAAAACAUGUAGUCAGAAAGAGGUUAUGUUUCUUGGGGAGCUGGAAGAAAUAUUGGAUGUGAUUGAACCUUCACAAUUUAUUAAAAUUCAAGAACCUUUGUUUAAACAAAUUGCCAAGUGUGUAUCUAGCCCCCAUUUUCAGGUGGCAGAAAGGGCGCUCUAUUAUUGGAAUAAUGAAUACAUCAUGAGUUUGAUAGAAGAAAACUCUAAUGUCAUCCUUCCCAUCAUGUUUUCCAGUCUGUAUAGGAUUUCAAAAGAACAUUGGAAUCCGGCCAUCGUGGCGUUAGUCUACAACGUGUUGAAGGCGUUUAUGGAAAUGAACAGCACCAUGUUUGACGAGCUGACAGCCACAUACAAGUCAGAUCGCCAGCGUGAGAAAAAGAAAGAAAAGGAGCGUGAGGAAUUGUGGAAAAAACUGGAGGAUCUGGAGUUGAAGAGAGGUCUUAGACGUGAUGGGAUAAUUCCAACUUAACAAAAACAAUGGCAGCAACAUUACUAACCUGUGGAGUCACACAUUUAUGUAGUAGAAGAUGGAGCAACAGUUUUCUGUAUUGUGCAACUUUACAGUAGAUUUCACAUUUGUUUCAUUAUUACAACAGCACUGUAUAUACCUGUCUCUAAGUAAAGGAAAAAAAAAUAAGGACUUCAAUCCAAAGUUUGGACAGUAGAUGGACUUCUCAGAACUUUGCAAACAUAAUCAUUGUUCUUAACCCUUUAAAAAAAAAAAAAAAGCAGUUUUCAGAGACCUGUUAAUGAAACUGCUGUUAAAAUUCCAUUGUCGGGAGUUCCUUAUUUAUCAUUAGCAGAGAGUUUGAAACAAUUCUCAAAUGUGAACAAUCUUAAAUUUAGCUUGUCUUUCUGCUGAGCUGUUAAAUGUAUUUAUAGGAAAGGAAGAAGAAAAAAAAAAAGACUGUCAUUUCCAUAUAGGUUUGUAUAACACCCUCUUCUGGAUAACUUGACUGUAAUUUGACAUCUUUUCCUUUUGCACAUCUUCUUGAGUUGAAUGUCCACAUGGAAUGGGGCUGUGAGUUAUAAAGGUCCCAGAUGAGAGUUUUGCUUACUGGAGUGAACAUCUUUCCAGUAGCCAGGUAGUCCUGGUACUCCUUUAGGUUUAAAAUUUGGAGUAAAAGAGAAGAGGUGAUAAACAUAGUAGGGAAGGGAAUUUUGGAUUCGUGCAGGAGUUUAAGGUGAAUCCAAAUCAAUGUCUUGAAUCCUUUGCAAACAGGCACUGGGACAUCAUAGGCUUCAGUACCUAAGCAGUAUUAAUUGCGUACAUCAUUGAACACACAUACCAGAGAUGUUUUAGACAUGUCAGAAAACAUCCUUUGGACCAUUUUGAAAUCAGAAAGACAGACACUAAAUAGUACAACCAUGAAAUUGAUCGCCAGGAUUGCGGAUCUAAUUGGGAAUAGAGUUGAGCAAACAGCUUGGACUGUUUGGAGUUGUUGCCUUACUUUUUAAUAUGUAUUUAUAAAGUAUUCCAGCAAAAGAGGAUGUAGCCUCUGGGGAAAAACAAACAUGUUACCGUGUUUUUUGUAGAUUCUCCUAUAUCUCAUCACAGCGCCAGCCCUGUUUUUAGCCAGAAAGGAUUCAGGAUAAACAUUAUUAUGCAUUCUGAAUUGGAUGCGUAUUCCUAACUACUGUAUUUGUUACCAAAAGUGGUUCUACAAAUGCUACUGAAAAAAAUCUGGAAAUUCCUAAUGUCCUGAGUAUUAAUAAUAAAGUUUAAAAAUGCUUUUAUAUCAAAGGUGCAUUGUGACCAAAUUGUUUAAGAAAAAACAAAAACAAACAAAACAAAAUCUAGGGCUGUAUUAUAGCUAUAUUUUAUUGGCUCUCUGCUUUGUAUUUAAAAGAGGACUCUUAACAUCUUGGGGAGAUAAAAAUACUGAUAAAACUGUGUACAGUAUGUACUUAACCUAUUGUGGUUGCAUUAUUAUGUACUGAAAGAUAUGUGUUUGGGGCUUAUUUCCAGGAUGCAUUUGCUUGUUAUGGACAUAGCAGCAGUGAGUUGAUAAUCCUAAACCAUCACUUCAGCAGUCUUCAUGGCAUAGAGCUGAUUCUGUUCAUGUGUUGAAUUGUCAUAGCAGCAAACAUGAACAUAUGAACUGUUGUUGCUCUUAGUAGAAAUAUAAUAUCAAUAUGGGCUUGUAUACUUUCUUCCUUCCAUUUAAAUAUAAAGUAGAAUAUGCAGUUACAUUGUUUCUAAGAAAAAGAGGGAAAAAAGGCGGUUGACCUUUCUCCCCUAUUAGGUGUUUCCGGAUUAUCAGGUCACAGUGUGUGUGUAAAAGUCAGCUAAUUAUGAACACUGUCAUCUCAGCAACUUUGUAAAACAAACAAAACUUGGCAUUGAGAAUUCUGAGAAAGAACCAGCAGUAAAAUAGUCAUAUGCAACACCAAACAUAACAUGGUUUAAUGGAAUUCAUAGGUUUUUCUUUUUAAAAAAGAACAUUCAUGGGGAUUCAAUGUACAUUUGGCAGAGACUGCCAAAGAUGAAACAACUUCCUUUCAAAGUGCUGGAGCAAAGGUGCAAGUUCAACAACUAAAGAUAAAAAAUAAAUUUAUAACAAAUCCUCUCCGAUUUUAGCUUGUUAGUUUUGACUCUGCAUUCCAUUUAGUUUUGACAGUCUAAACGUUUGUUUGCCAUUAAUUCAUCUUUUUUAGAUAAGGGACAUUAAAAUCCCAGGUAUAUGAAAUAUCUCUGCCCAUUAGAAUGAAAUGCAGUCAUUUGAAAUGAGAAAGACUAGGCUCCUAUUUUGCACCUUACCCUGUCUUCAGAGUUAAGGUGAGAACUACACAAAUAUCCUUGAUGUCAAUUUAUGUGUUGAUUAUUCCAAACUGAGGAGAAUAAAGCCAGAUUUUAGACAUACUCAAAGAAGCAAUUAUAGAUACAUGUCUAAAAUUCAUAGGGCAACUUCUGAGAAGAAACACUGUCUUUUCUUUUUAAUUGAAAGUGACAAUGUGACACUUGUCAUGUUGUGUCCGGUGACACAGAGUAACUAGGUUGUCUGACUGUUGCACCAUGUGACAUAUUUAAGGACAUACUUGCUGCAUUUGCAGCAGCCCUCUCUGUCCUUUCCCGCAUUUCUCCUGUUGCUUCGACUUGAGCUCAUUGUGACAAAUGCAUCUUUGUGUUAUAUUUUGUUUGCUUCAUAAUUUCCAGAACUAUAUAUAAAUCUAUUUUUAAAAUAGCAAAUAUUGUAGUUAGUGAGUGAUGAUCACUCCAAACUUAUCCCUACCAUAUUGGUUUCAGGGGUAGGAUUAAGAGUGUCUUUGGAAGAAAAAACAAACAAAAACCCUGUGGUUUAGAGUGAUGCUGAGGCCUUAGGCUGUGGGCCUAGAAAACCCAUGUGAGUGAACUGACCCCUCUCAUCCUUUGAAUCGAGCAUGCAUUCCUUUUCUCAUUGUGCAAGUGGCCCCAUUGUUUUCCUUCAGUGUUGAGUUUUUGUCCUUUUAAAUUUUAUUCUAUUUUGCUCUUCCUAACAUCUGACUGUUUUUUUUAUAAAAUAAAAUAAAAAAUAAAAAAGUGAGAAAUAAAUAAUACCCUUGAUGCCGCUGGAUACUCACAAGCAGGGUUAUGCUCCUUCAUCUUGGGCUUGCUUGCCUAAAGGGAAGGGUUUAAAUUAUUUUGUACCUCCUCCUAUGCGUGGGACAGUCCAGGGUGCAGAGCCAGGAACUGCUUGUAAUUGCACCUGCUAUACUUAAACGUAUAGCCCUAGGCUCAAUCACACUAUGGGGAAAAAAGUAUAUUUAGAGCUUUAAAAGCUUUUUUAUUUUUUUGUGGGGAUGGGGAGGGUGGGAAAGGGAAAAUGUAUGGAUGUUAUUGGCAUUCUUAAGUGUUCAGAGUUAUGUUCCGCCCCCGCCCCCACCGCCCCCCCCCCCCCCCCACACACACACUUUAAUCAGAUGCACCGACCUGGCCCAGGAAAUGAAAAGAUUCUCUCUUUUGAUGCUAUUACCAAUGUUAUUACAAAGUGACAGUCACCUACAGCAAAAAGGUGGCACCGGACAUGAUCGGUGAUGUUUUAUUUGCACAUCAAUAUUUUUAUUUUUAUAUUCUGGCUCAGCUGCUUUCUCUGAGUGGAGUUAAGAAAUGAGCCACAAAGGAUUUUUGUAGUAGGUAUAUUGGCAAUGCAUUUUAUAUUUCUCAGUAUUUAAUUUUGAAAAUCAAAAAGGAUUGUGCAUCUUGAGAGAAAGUUGAGCAAGUUUUGAACCAGUGGAAUGUUCACUUGUGCUGCUGUUUGUGCACGACAGCAGCAGUAGUAUCUCUUGGAAAUAAACAUCCCAUAUUACGAUGUCUAUGAAUAUAGGUUUCCUUUUCUUCCCUCCUCUUCUUCCUCCCUUCCCCUCCUUAUCUCUCUCCUUUUUCUUCCUUCCCUUGUCCUUUUCUUUCUUUUUU